UGACACUGACAAUCGUGACAUUUAAUAGUUUUUUUUUACUUUUACUAGUGAACUAAAUUGUUGCCUAAUAAUACGGACAUAAUAAUUUUGGAAUUUUAUUUGUGAUUGAACUAGUUUCUUUUGAACAAAUAAAAAAAAGAUUGAAAAACUAACCGUUAUGAUAUUUUUUUAUUAAAACAGCAAUAUUAUAAAUAUGUCAAAUAUUGAGAUUAAACAUCUGUUUAGAACAAAUAGGUUGCCAGAUAAUGAUGUCAAAUUACUGCUAUUUAUUUUGUUUCUACCUUUUGGGUUAGUGUUCUUUUUACUGAGGACUAUACUUAUUCUUAGUCUUUUCAUAUUGGGUUACGUUGUAUCGGAUACAGGGGCAUCACAGAAAAUUUUGAAUAAAAUAGCUACGUUGGCAUUUGGGAUAUCUGUGUCAAUAGAAAAUCCCAAAAAGAAGGAAAAUGUUGAUAUGUACGUUAGUAAUAGUAUGUCCAUAUUUGAUCAUCUAGCAGUGAAUGUCGCUACUGGUGCAGUUGCACCUGGAACUAAGGUUUCCCUGGAAAAAAUAUUGGGGACGAGUACUUAUUACUUUGGAAGUGUUGCUAACUUUGAUGCAUUUAAAAAAAAUAUUUGUCAAUUUAUAUCUGAAAAGAAAAUCCCUCUGUAUUUUACGCCAGAAGGGAAAUUGACGAAUGGAAAAGCAUUGAUAAAAUUUAAAUCAUAUCCUUUUCAAUUUGCCACAAAGAUCCAGCCAAUAUGUAUAACCGUAGAAAGACCUUUCCUAAAUAUUUCGGUAACUACGUUGGGAUCCUCAUAUUUUAGUGAUGUUUUUUUCUUUAUGUUCUCUCCACUCACUAAUUAUAGAUUACAUUUUUUGACUCCUCUGGAAAAGGAAAAUCAUUCCGACAGCGAAUUUGCAGAAGUUGUUCGCCAAAGUAUCGCAACAGCAUUAAAGAUUGAGACGGUAGAUUAUACUUCAUCAGAAUUAAUCGAGUGGGAAAAAAGAAAAAUAGCUGAAAAUCAGCAAAGGCUGGAGAUGCAAAAUAGUUCUAGGUCUGUGUUAAAUUCUGAAUUGCAACGUAUGAGUCUACAGGUCAGAGAAGUUUUACCACAUGUGCCCUUUACUGCUGUGUACAAUGAUCUCUAUACUACUAGAAAUGUGGACAAUACGAUUACAAAUAUUUUAGAAGGGCGUGUUCAUUUUAUACCUGAACAGAGUACAAAGCCGAGUACUUCAAGUCAGUCCACAAGUUCUACUUCAAGCUUCUCUGGAUCCGCUAUUCCAAGCAGUAGUUUCAUGUUUAACACAGCAGCAUCGACAUUUGCAAAAUCUGCUUCUGAAAGAAGUAAAUCGUUUAAGGAAAGAAAGGAACAACUAAUUGCAAAUGCCAGAAAACGUUACAUUGAGAAACACAACCUUAAUAUACCCAUUUAAUUUUUUUUUUUUUUUUAAUUAGGUUUAGUGCCAAAAUACUUUAUUAUUUCAUAAAAUAUUGCCUUAUCAUGUUUACUGCACAUUUUACAAAUCAUUUAUUAUUAGAAAUUAAGUUUGUACAUAUCUGACUUGUUAUUUAUUUCAUAAUUAUA